UGUGCCCCUGGUGUGUCCCAAGUGUCCUCCAGUUGUGUCCCAGCUGUCUCAGGUGUGUCCCAACCAUGCCCCAGGUAUGUCCCAGGUAUGUCUCAGGUAUCCCCCAGGUCUGCCUCAGGUGUGUCCCAGGUGUCCUCCAGCUGUGUCCCAGCUGUGCCCCAGCUAUGUCCCAGGUGUGUCUUAGGUGUGCCCCCGGUGAGUCUCAGGUGAGCCCCAGGUGUGUCCGAAGUGUCCCUCAGGUGUGCCCCAGGUGUGCCCCAGGUAUGUCUCAGGUGUCCUCCAGGUGUGUCUCAGGUGUGCCCCUGGUGUGUCCCUGGCCUCUUCGUUCCCUUCUCUCUCCUGCCUCUCUCUGUGUGGGACCUCAGCCUGGGUGUAGCUGGUGUCUCCUUCAUCCCCGUCCUAAUUUCACCUGAACCUUUCUCUUGGCGUUUCUCCUUCACCAGCCAGCACAGCCCAGGUGAGGGCCGGGGCUGAUGUGAAGCUGAUCCCUGGGCAAGGGCCGGGGUUACGUUAGGUCAUCAGAGCCGCCAGCAUGACACAGCUGCUCUCAGCGUCAGGUCAGGACAAAUGUUGGUCCUCACAUAGUGACCAGUCCCCUGGCCAGGGGUCUCACCCAUGGACGCCCAGAAAGCCUGUUCCUAAACUGCUAUCAUCAGCUGGUUUUAUUCUCACUCGUGGGUUUUCUAAAGAAAAAAAUGACACAUAGUGGGGAAAACACCAGCCAUCUUUGUGAAUUCAGGUUUCUCCUGGGCCCCCUCCCUUCACCUGGGCCCCGUGUCCCCACCAGGAAACAGGCGGAGGGUCCAGCUCAUCUGCGCGGGCCAGCGGGCCGGACGGGGAGGCUCGGGGCUCCCGUGCGCUGGGCCUGGGCCAGGUGUGUCCUUCCCGCGGGAAGGAGCGGGGCAGGUGGCCCGUCUAAUCCCCGCGAGCGGCUUAGGGAUUGUCUUUUUCUGGCACCUGCUCCGCCCUGCGCGCCCUCCACUCCAGCCGGGAUUUCGCCUGAGCUGGGUCAGCGGGCUUCCUGGGGCUCCCGGUGCCCGGCCAUCCUCCUGUCCGCAGAGGGUGGGAACGGGCCAGAGGCCAAGGGCAGUGGGUUAGGCCGGCUUGGGACGUGGGAGCCGGACGCGGAGGGAGGCCGGCGCCAGGAUGGAUUUCGGGUCCCUGGAGACGGUGGUGGCCAAUUCGGCCUUCAUUGCUGCCCGGGCCAGCUUCGACGCGAGCAGCGGCCCGACCUCCCGGGACAGGAAGUACCUGGCCCGGCUCAAGCUGCCCCCGCUGUCCAAGUGCGGGGCGCUGCAGGCGAGCCUGGACCUGGCCUUCGAGAGCGUGUGCUCGGAGCAGCCCAUCGGCAAGCGGCUCUUCCAGCAGUUCCUGCAGGCCCAGGAGCAGCACGUGCCGGCCCUGGAGCUCUGGAGGGACAUCGAGGUCUACAACACCGCCGGUGACGACCUCCGGCCGCAGAAGGCCCAGGCCAUCCGGGCCGAGUACCUGGACCCCCAGGCCAAGCUCUUCUGCGGCUUCCUGGACAAGGAGAUGGUGGCGCAGGUCCGGGAGGGGCCGGCGGGGGCCGGGGACGGGCUCUUCCAGCCCCUCCUGCAGGCCACCCUGGCGCACCUGAGCCAGGCCCCCUUCCAGCAGUACCUGGACAGCCUGUACUUCCAGCGCUUCCUGCAGUGGAAGUGGUUGGAGGCCCAGCCCGUGGGCGAGGACUGGUUCCUGGACUUCAGGGUCCUGGGGCGGGGAGGCUUUGGGGAGGUGUCUGCCUGCCAGAUGAAGGCCACCGGGAAGAUGUACGCCUGCAAAAAGCUGAACAAGAAGCGGCUGAAGAAGAGGAAGGGGUACAAGGGCGCGAUGGUGGAGAAGAAGAUUCUUGCCAAAGUCCACAGCAGGUUCAUCGUGUCUCUGGCCUACGCCUUUGAAACCAAAACCGACCUCUGUCUGGUGAUGACCGUCAUGAAUGGAGGCGACAUAAGGUACCACAUCUACAACGUGGACGAGGAGAACCCCGGCUUCCCGGAGGCGCGCGCCCUCUUCUACACGGCCCAGAUCAUCAGCGGCCUAGAGCACCUGCACCAGCGAGGAAUCAUCUACCGAGACCUCAAGCCCGAGAACGUGCUCCUGGACGACGACGGCAACAUCCGAAUUUCUGACCUUGGGCUGGCCGUGGAGCUGAAGGAAGGGCAGACCAAGACCAAGGGCUAUGCGGGGACGCCAGGCUUCAUGGCCCCGGAGCUCUUGCGGGGUGAGGAGUACGACUUUGCCGUGGAUUACUUCUCCCUGGGGGUCACGCUGUACGAGAUGAUCGCGGCCAGAGGCCCCUUCCGAGCCCGCGGAGAGAAGGUGGAGAACAAGGAACUGAAGCAGCGGGUCCUGGAGGAGGCGGUCACCUACCCCGACAAGUUCAGCCAGGCCUGCAAGGACUUCUGCGAGGCACUGCUGCAGAAGGACCCCGAGAGGCGCCUGGGCUUCAGGGACGGCUCCUGUGAUGGGCUCCGCGCCAGCCCCCUCUUCAGAGACAUCAGCUGGCGGCAGCUGGAGGCCGGGAUGCUGACCCCCCCCUUCGUCCCAGACUCCAGGACUGUCUAUGCAAAGAACAUCCAGGAUGUGGGUGCCUUUUCCACAGUCAGGGGUGUGGCCUUUGACAAAGAGGACACAGAAUUCUUCCAGGAAUUCGCCACCGGCACCUGCCCCAUCCCCUGGCAGGAGGAGAUGAUCGAGAAGGGCAUCUUUGGGGACCUGAACGUGUGGCGGCCUGACGGGCAGAUGCCCGAUGACAUGAAGGGGAUCUCCGUGCCGGAGGCGGCCCCCUCGUCCAAGUCGGGGUUGUGUCUGGUUUGCUAGGCCAGCUGCAGCGCCUCAUGGGUCAGCUGAGCCCCUCCCGCCAGGCCGCUGCAUGGCUGUGGCCCGGCGCUCAGCACAGGCAGGACAGAGGAAACCGGUCCAGCCCGGCCUCCCGCGCAGGGUCAGGAGUGCCAGCAGUAGAUAGCCUACCUCUUUUGCACCCUUUCACUCAAAAAGGAUCCGGUGGUCCCAGGACGGAAUGCACCAGCGACGUGUGGCUCUCCAGGCCCUGGAGCGGACGUGCAAGCUGGCGGCGGCUUGGGCGGCGAGAGUGAAGACUCAGUUCGGGCUCCCUGCACCGCAGCUGCAGCUUCGCAGGCCCUGCCUUCUCUGGGCUGGUUCAGAGGUCGGCAAACCCUGGCCUGUGGGCUUGCGGGCUCCGCUGGGAGGCCCGGACUGUGCGCCGGCCCGGUUUCCCUUAGCGCCCAGCUCCUGGCCCCGCCCCUAGCUGUCAGGUCACUGCUGGGGCUGAGCUGGUCCCCGCCCACACGUUGGGGAUGCCAUCUGCACGUCUGCCGGUGCUGAGUCUCCAGCAGGGUCCCCUUGCCGGCCGGGGCCUGGGCGUCCAGGAGGAGGGGAAGGGACAGGGGCCUGGGGGUGACGCUGACUGCGGUGGUCACCCCCUUGGCUUCUCCUCAUCCUGAGACCAUCGCCAGUUGAUGACAACUGGACACAAGCUGCCCACCCCCAGCAGACAGAACGGGCCAGCGGCUGUCUCCCCGCACCCGGCACCUGCUUCCCACCCCGACUCUGCCUCUUGUCCUGCAAGGCCUGGCCCUCUCCUGGCCUCCCUCCUGGGGCCAGGAGGGCUGGUGUUGCUGCGUGGGGUUUGCUGCCUGACGGCCGGGAGCAGUCCCCUCCCUUUCUUGAGCGCUUCUGCCUUCAGAGUGUCACGCCGAGUGUGGCUAGCACCCCUGCCAUCUGCUCCCCCAGCAGCCUCGGGACAGGAGUGACCCUGAGGGGCACGACCUUGGAGGCUGCGGCCCAGCCACCUGGGACCAGUGGCCCCGCUGGCCUGGAGCCACUGCAGGAGGCUGGCCCCGGGCUGUUGUGGCUCAGACAGCCGUCAGGUGGAAGAGGCCGGCUCGUUGGUGGGGAUGUUUCAGCGUAUCUUCGGGUCCCUUGUGCACCGAGGGCAUUAAAGCCCCUCUCCUGGUGAAGAAACCUGCAGGACGACCCUCUCUCCUGUGCGCUGCAGCCACGAUGUCCUGCAAGGGCCCUGAAGGGCCGUCCCGUGCUUUUGGUCUGUGACCUGAAACUGCCACGUGAGCAUCGCCUGGGAGGCUGAGAUGGGGGCCCGCGGCCAGGGGAGGCCGGGCUGUCGGCAGGAUCAGUCGCUGUGUCGGCCCUGACGCGGUUUUGUGUCCUAGGAUGAGACAUGUGGAUUAUCUAAUAGCUGGAAAUCUCACCUCACUCACUACCUUCAGGUGCAAGACACACCACUUCUGGUCUUUCUAAACCCAUUUAAUCUGCUCUAGGUCCCCAUGGCCCUGAGCAGAGUGAUUUAAACCUCAGGGGGCGGGUGUGGCCUGGCCUUUGGCCGCCGUCCCAGUGCCUGCCCGGGGCCCACGGCGCCUGAAGAGCAGCCCCUCCUGUGGGACCAGCAGCCCCGGCGGGGACCCCUCUGCUUUCAUCUUAUGCCUGGACGGCCCGAGGAGACACAGGCCGUGGAUACAGUUGAAUUUCAGAUAAACAACAAGUAACUUUCUCGCGCGUGGGAUGUACUUAACGCUAGAAACCGAUGCAGCGUUUUUGGCUACAUCUGGCACAGCUGUUGCAGGUGCUUUACUCAACCUACGAAGGAGGGUUAUUCCAUGAACCAGCAGGUCUGCGGAGAUAUAAUCGCAAGAGCGAGUUACGUGUGACUUCCGCUGCCUCUCUCUUGUGGUCUGCUCAGGGGUGGCCCCUGCUCCCCAGCGAAACUCAAGCCAGCCUCAUGUAGUUGCACACAGGCAGCAAAAGUCGUGCAGUCACUUCACUUCUAUUUUAAAACACUUUGAAACUUAAAUUUUCACAUAGAAACAAAGGAAUUGGCAACGCCCACACUGUGAUACGGACACCGCCACACAGGUGCAGGAGCCUGGAUGCGCCGGUGUCCCGCUGGUCAACCCCGACCCAGAGGCGCCCUGCGGCCACCGUGGGGAGCAACCAAAGCACUAACGUGAAAUGCCCCACCGGGAGGACCGCCACCCCAGCCACCCCAGCCACUGCGUCUUCCCCAGCUGGGCUGGAGGGACGUCUCCACCCUCCCGUCCAGCUGCAGCCUUGGGGCCUGGGGGCGAGGCCGGGGGCCGGAGGGGGCACAGGGCAGUUCCCGGCUGCUGGGUGGGCGCUUAUGGUGACUUCAUUGUGGGGUUUCUUCAUGGGCCUUCGGGGGCCUCUGCUGGGGGACAUCUCGGGUGCAGACCCCCUGACCGGGCACACUCUGAGGGGUCUCGCUGUCACUCCAGCUGUUCCCCGGCUCCCCUGGGCAAGGGACACGCCAUCCAGGCUGGAUAACGGGGCUGCCCGGGCGUUCCCCCGGGCCAGAGCUGGGGGGCCCUCUGUGGAGAAGCCUUCGUCCCUGGGCCCUUUCAUCCCCGAGCACAAGCCUCGGGAUCCCCGAGGGGUGCUGGGCUCAGGCGCUUGGCCCUCGCCGUCGUUCCCAUGCCAGGAGCCAGAGGAGAUCCCACCUUUCCAUCCUGGUGCGUUCCAGCGUGAACUGUGGUGAGGAUGUGGGCCCCCCACAAGCGCAUAUUUCCUUAUGGAGAAUCUGCAAGCACCUUCACUGCGACUCGUCCUUUGUAAAAGACAAAAAAUGCAAUUUCCAUCCAAGUAGAAAAGGGUAAAAAUAAAAGUUUAAAAACACGGCAGACUCUCUAGAUUGUGAUAUGGUCCUGGUGCACACUCUCCUUCAAAAUCACAUACACACAUUGC